AUGUCCAUUACCAAUGCGACCAACAAGUACUACCAUAUGAGGGAAAUCGCUGGCCCAUUGGACCAGAGCAUUGUCCGUCCGAAUGUGGAUACGCUGUACUCGGCUGCUGUCAUCGAUUUGUCUCAUAGUGAUAUUGUCAUCGAUAUCCCAUCCAUUGACAAUGAUCGAUACUGGAUCUAUCCGUUCUACGAUCUAUAUGCGAACAACUUUGCCAAUAUCGGCUCGACCACCAACGGCACAGCUGGCAAAUAUCUCGUCCGUUAUGACCCAAGCAAGGGCAGGGAGACCGGCGUGCAUCUUUGCAGUCAUAUAACAGACAAAGGUGCUGACGACGGCUGCGAUGGCUACGAUGCUUAUAUCAACGCCCCGACACCAUACGGACAGCUGAUUGCCCGCUUCGAAGCCAUGAACAACAGUACCGACUUCGACACAAUCCACCAGCUACAGAACAAAUCCACCAUCCACAUCACCACCCGUUCACGUUUAGGAGAUGCCACUGCUCCACGACUGGGACCUAAUAUGCUGAAUUCGUCCACAUACUCCGGAGAUAUCCCAACUAGGAUCAUGCAAAUGCUCGCCCGCUUUGCCCCCUACAACCCACCCCGUGAUAUCUCCGACCUACCGCGCGUCAACCGCAUGCUCAAGACAGCUGGCAUCGACAAAGGCCAUUACAAAUCCCAGGUUCGCAACCUGACGGCUGUCGCCCAGAGUGCUGCGCAGAAAGUCGGAGUGGCCUUUAACCAACCUCAAAACGUCAUGAAUCUGACCCACGACUGGCAGAUGAUUGCUCCCGCAGCACAGGGUGAAUACAACACCAAUUAUGACAUGCGCGCAUUCAUGGCCAAUUGGGGCUACCUUGCCCUGACUGCCCAGGAGUCGCUGUACCCUAUGUACGCCGGCGAUGGGGACACCCUUGAGCUGGGCGCCGAUGAGGCUUACAUCUUCACAUUCAGCGGGAAGCCGCCAGUUAUGAAGCAAGGAUUCUGGAGUCUGACGGCAUACAAUGCACAGAAAUACCUUAUCGAGAACACCCAGGACCAGUACUCGGUUAGUGAUCGGUCUGGGCUGACAUACAGUGACGGUACGCCUGUUUAUGGAGAUGACGCUGAAAAGCAGACACAAUUCCAAGUUCUGGUUCAGCCGGCAGACAAGGAGCCACCAAAGAACUGGACUUCUAACUGGCUGCCCGCGCCUGCCGGAGGUGGUCAAUUUGACUUGACGCUCCGAUUCUAUGCACCCGAAGAUGAGCUCAAGAAUGGAUAUUGGGAAUUCCCGGUCGUGCAGAAGCACAAGGCUAUCAUUGAAUAG